AUGGGUAUUCUCGAGAAGAUCCAAGAUAUUGAAAAUGAAAUCAAGCGUACUCAAAAGAACAAAGCUACCGAGUAUCAUCUUGGUUUGUUGAAAGCCAAGUUGGCCAAAUAUCGUGUCCAACUGUUGGAAGGCGCAAAGACGAAAUCUGAAAAGGGUGAAGGUUUCGAUGUUAUGAAAUCAGGCGAUGCUCGUGUCGUAAUGAUCGGUUUUCCUUCCGUUGGUAAAUCAACGUUGUUAUCCAAGCUCACCCCUCAAGAAUCUAUUGCAGCGGCCUACGAGUUUACAACUUUAACAUGUGUUCCUGGUAAAUUUACGUAUAAGGGCGCAAAUAUUCAAUUACUUGAUUUGCCCGGUAUUAUCGAAGGAGCUUCUCAAGGUAAAGGUCGUGGUCGUCAAGUUAUUGCUGUUGCAAGAACGGCUGACGUAGUAUUAAUGAUGCUGGAUGCUACGAAAUCAGCUCAACAAAGACCUCUAUUGGAAGCUGAAUUGGAAGCUGUGGGCAUUCGUCUUAAUCAAAGUUUUCCCAACGUAUCAUUCAAAGUUAAGAAGGCUGGUGGCAUUAGUUUUAAUGCAACUGUCAAGUUAACAAAAUUAGAUCAGAAAAUGGUUCAUAACAUCUUACACGAUUAUAAAAUUUUCAAUGCUGACAUCGUUGUACGUGAGGAUAUCAGUGUAGAGCAAUUUAUAGAUGUUGUACUGGGAAACAGAAGGUAUAUCAAAUGUAUUUAUUGUUAUAAUAAAAUCGAUCAAAUCAGUUUAGAGGAAGUGGAUCGAUUAGCCCAUCAGCCUGAUACAGUAGUAGUUUCUUGUGAAGAUGAUCUUAACUUAGACUAUCUAGUGGAGUGUAUAUGGAGGAAGUUGAAUUUGAUGCGUGUAUAUACAAAGAAGAGAGGAGAGUUUCCUGACUUUGAUGAUGGGCUUAUCGUUAGAAGUGGAGCUACAAUUGAACAUGUAUGCCAUGCCAUUCACAGAACUCUGGCAGAUAAUUUCAGAUACGCAUUAGUUUGGGGAACUUCUACGAAACACAAUCCCCAACGCGUGGGUAUAAAUCAUUCAGUCCAUGAUGAAGAUGUUGUACAGGUUGUAAAGAAAUAA